AUGUUCUCGACAGCGCGCUCUGCAGGCCUCACGGCGCUGCGCGCCAAACCCACCACCGCCCUCCUCCCCUUCCGCGCCGGCUCCGCCGCCUGGAUCUCCAGCACAUCCUCCAACUCCGCGACACCGAUGCAGCGCCCCGGGCUCGUAGCCGGCAACCCCUCCGCCGUCCCCCCAAUGAAAGAGCUACCGACCAACGUGCCCCUUCCCAGCCAAGAAGGCAAGAAAGGCGCGAUGCAGUACGCGCUCACGACCCUUGACCAAGUCGCCAACUGGGCGCGGCAGGGCUCCCUGUGGCCCAUGACGUUCGGGCUCGCCUGCUGCGCCGUCGAGAUGAUGCACCUCUCCACGCCUCGCUACGACCAGGACCGACUGGGCAUAAUCUUCCGCGCGUCGCCGCGACAGAGCGACGUCAUGAUUGUGGCGGGGACGUUGACGAAUAAGAUGGCGCCCGCGCUGAGGCAGGUGUAUGAUCAGAUGCCGGAUCCGAGAUGGGUUAUCAGCAUGGGGAGCUGUGCGAAUGGCGGCGGGUAUUAUCACUAUAGCUACUCGGUUACGAGGGGCUGUGAUCGGAUUGUGCCGGUUGAUAUCUAUGUGCCGGGGUGUCCGCCUACGAGCGAGGCGCUGAUGUAUGGGAUCUUUCAGCUGCAGAAGAAGAUGAGGCACACCAAGAUCACGCGGAUGUGGUACCGGAAGUAG